AUGACUGAAUCUUCGAGGAGGGAUACGUCUUUGGGUGAUAACAUGGAAUGGGACUUUUGGGACUCUCGCUUCGUCAUGAGCAAUUCCCCGACUCGGUUCAUGGAGGGGGAGCAUCGAGAGAGAGGAGCAUGUGGGGGUUGGCUGCGACCGUCCUGCCUUCCCAUUUCCAUCAUUCUCAUUCUUAUCGUCCUCGUCGUACUGAUCCCCGUCCUCACCCAGACUCAGACUGCUGAAGGAGUUGCAUUUCACAAUCAAGUGGUGGCGUCUCUUGUUCAUUGCAGACGAGAGCCGUCGACUUGCAGGAUGGAGCUGGUGGAGAGUAUUCCAGAGAAUGUAUCCUUUGCCACUGGCCCGACUCUCAUGUCAACAUUCACAGCAUGGAAAAAGCUCCUGAAUAGUGCUGUUUUCAAUGUCAGUAUAGCCUCGUUCUAUUGGACACUCAAAGGGAGUGAUGUCAUACCUGAUCCCUCAGAUUGGCAGGGUGAAGAAAUAUUCAACCUCCUAAUGGAAACAGGUAAAAAGGACAAUAUCACCAUGAAAAUAGUGCAAAAUAAACCCUCUUGGAAUUAUCCAGACCACAAUACUAAGGAGCUUCAAGAAGUUGGUGCAGCAGAGGUACGAAACCUAGAUAUGAAGCGACUGACUGGAGGAGUUCUUCACACCAAAAUGUGGUUGGUGGAUGGACAUAGUGCCUACCUUGGAAGUGCCAACAUGGAUUGGAGGUCUCUAACACAAGUGAAGGAGUUGGGGGUCCUCAUAGAAAACUGCCCUUGUGUUGUUGGUGACCUGCAAAAGAUCUUUAAAGGAUACUGGAUCACUGCACUUCCAAAAGCAGAGAUCCCAAUAAAGUGGCCAUCAGAGCUUAAUACUCCUUUUGACAUGUAUCACCCUUUGAUUGUUCCUGUCAACGAUGGCAAUGGCAGCAUAUUCUUUGGCAGUGCACCCCCAUCAUUCUGUCCAGAUGGGAGGUCAACUGACUUAGAUGCUAUAUUACAUGUCAUACAAAGUUCCCAUGAAUUUGUUCAUGUCUCUGUGAUGGAUUACUUUCCUUGCUCUUUAUACUCAGCAAAAGUGAGGUACUGGCCUCUGAUUGAUGAUGCCUUGCGGGAAGCUGCUAUAGAGAGGAAGGUUCAGGUGCGGCUCCUUAUCAGCUUGUGGAAUCACACAAGGCCUGAUCUGUUCUACUAUCUUCGGUCACUGAGUGCACUGAAUGGAGUUCUGCCUGGCGUUCAGAUUGAAGUGCGAUUGUUCCAAGUCCCUGCUCUUUCAACACAACAAGCACAGAUCCCCUUUGCUCGGGUGAACCACAACAAAUACAUGGUCACUGAAUCCACAGCAUACAUUGGAACGUCCAAUUGGUCAGAGGACUACUUCACACAGACAGGAGGUGUUGGGCUUGUUGUUGGGAACUCUUCCCUCCACAAGGAUCUAGAGCUUGUAUUUCAGAGGGACUGGGACUCCAAAUACAGUUCACCUGUUCCUGCACCCUCAUAUAAAUACUCUGAGAACAGCAUCCAUAUGGGAAACUUCAAGGGACUCACAAGAAAUGUUUUGGUGAAGAAGUUCAACAAGCCUUGGACUCAUCAUAGCACCAAGAAGGACCUGCCAUCCCUCAUGAGCAAACCGGAGACUCAUCAGGGGAGCAUUUCCUCCUACGCCUUCUCUUCGAGAAUUGAUUUUCUGACUAGCCUUGCUGGACCAGGUGAUGGAUACGAGAGCUGUAGGUUGAUCCAGCCAUAUCCUUCCAGGUCCUUCUCUCCCCUGAACAGACUUCCUGCCUUGAGUAUCUCAAGCCUCACAUCUGUUACUGGCAACAUGGAUCCCUCUCAUUAUGUGUUCCCUAAUGAUCAGCCGGUAGUGACAUUGGAUUGUGAAGUUGCCUUCAAAAACCUCACUCUGAAAGAGAAGCUCUAUGCCCACUAUUUGAGUCAAGCUUCCUGGUAUGGAGGACUGAUUGUCCUUGUGCAGACUUCUCCUGAGAGCCCAGCCAUUUUUGUCGUCCUUCACCGCAUGUUUCGUGCUCAACCCUUGGAUGAACUCAAGCAGCUAGCUCUUGGGAAAUGCCAAUUUACUGAAGAGGAAUUCAAGGGGCUCCUUGUUUACUCAUCUGGAUUGUACAACAACAUGGGAAACUACAAGGGAUUUGGAGACUCAAAGUUUGUACCAAAAUGCCCUUCAGAAAAACUAGAUGCUCUUGUCCGAAACAGCAAGGCUUUCUUAGAUGACCCAGUUCAGAUGGAGAAGCUCUGGAAUGGCUGCAAGGAGUUGAUUUAUUCUCUGACUGACAGGCAGAAGCAACUUGGGUUACAUGAAAAGGGGAUAUCAACAUACUUCUCUGAUAACUGCUUGCCUGAAGAUGCAGAGAAGAUCCAAGCAUUCCUCAAGCAUAAAAGCCUUGAUCCCUACAACACGCGUGCCUUUAAAAAGUUGGAGAAUCACCAGACUGUAUAUGAGGUUCGACUAGCUUCUGUAGAAGGUGAGGGGAGUAUCAUGUAUGAGGAAGAUUUUCAAGGGAGCCAUUUUAUUGUGACACUGGGAGAUUAUUCUCCCCUCCUGGCCCUAGUUGUUGAGAAUCUAAAGAAGGCUCAGGAGUAUGCUGCAAAUGCAACAGAGCAAAAGAUGCUGGAGGAGUACAUCAAGAGCUUCACCACAGGCUCUCUACCUGCCCAUAAGGAAGGCUCAAGGUUCUGGAUCAAGGACAAAGGGCCUGUUAUUGAGAUGUAUAUUGGUUUCAUAGAAACAUAUCGAGAUCCAACUGGGAUGCGAGGAGAAUUUGAAGGUUUUGUGGCCAUGGUGAAUAAGGAGAUGACCAAGAAGUUUUCUGACUUGGUGGCCAAUGCAGAAGCAUUCCUUCCUCUCCUCCCUUGGCCAAAGGAGUUUGAAAUGGACAAGUUCCUAAAGCCUGACUUCACUUCCUUGGAUGUGCUCACCUUUUCUGGGAGUGGCAUUCCAGCUGGCAUCAACAUUCCCAACUAUGAUGAAAUCCGGCAGAAUGAAGGCUUCAAAAAUGUCUCACUGGGCAAUGUGAUUCCUGCUGCUUACAAGGACACAGAGAUUCCAUUCUUGUCCAAGAGUGAUCAGAAUCUGAUGGAGAAGCAUAGAGUGACAGCCUUUGAAGUUCAGGUUGGUCUCCAUGAGCUGCUUGGGCAUGGUAGUGGGAAGCUUUUCAAGAAGGAUAUGGAAGGGAAGCUGAAUUUUAACAUCGAGGAAGUUAUGCACCCUGAGACAGGGGAGAAGAUAACAAGUUGGUAUCAACCAGGAGAGACAUAUGACUCAGUGUUCACAUCAAUGGGAUCAGCAUACGAGGAGUGCCGGGCAGAAUGUGUUGGGAUGUACCUCUGCCUCAAUAAUGAUGUCAUGAAGAUCUUUGGUCAUGAAGGGGAUGUUGGUGGAGAAGUGAAGUAUGUGAAUUGGCUAAGUGAAGUCUGGAGUGGGUUUGGCAAAGCCCUUGAAAUGUAUCAGCCUAAGACUAAAGCUUGGCUCCAGGCUCAUUCCCAAGCGAGAUAUGUGAUCCUCAGGGUGCUUCUGGAAGCAGGACAGGGCUUGCUCACCAUCACACCAUGUACUGGUAGUGAUGGGGAACCCGACCUCUUGUUGACACUAGAUCGCUCCAAGAUUGACACUGUUGGCAAAAAAGCUUUGGGGGACUUCCUUCGCAAGCUUCAGGUUUACAAAUCUACUGCUGACAUUGCUUCUGCAAGAGCAAUGUUCAACAAGUACUCAGAAGUCCCUGAUGAUGGUCCAUAUCCAUUUGGACAAUGGAUUAAUAUUGCAUUGGCAAGGAAGAAGCCCCGAAAGAUGUUUGUACAAGCCAACACCUUCAUUCAUGGUCAGUCAUCUCUUCAUAUGAAAGAGGACAUCUAUGCUUGUCACACCCAUGAUGAAUCCAUUGAUAUCAAGCAUGCAUGGGUCACUGAAGAUGUGGACAUUCUUGGGCAGUGGAAACUUCAGGGAGUAUGGAGGAGUGGGAAAGAUGGGAUGGUGGUGCACAUCCAUGCUUGA